UCUACUCCCAUUAUCCUAUAAAGCAACACAGCUCACUCCUUUGCCCAUGUUGCUGUGAAAAAAUGCAGAAUCAGAAUUUGUCCGUAAGUAAAACCCUAAACCCUACCCUUUCAACAUUUCAAUCACCAUCUCUCGCCCAAUUCGUCAACCCUCUUCGCAGAACACUACCUCAAAUUCCAUCCACCUUCAGAACAUCAAAGCCUCUCUCUAUUCACUCCCACAACCGGGAACCCAUAAUUUUCCGGCGAAAUGACAGUCGCCGGAGGGACAUCCGACCGCUUGCCGGCCGAAGCAAAGGAAAACCUGGUGGCCCAUCAACAGGUCGCAUCGAGGGAAGCGCCGAGUUCCGGCGACAAGCUAAGAGAAAUGCUCGCCGGAAAAGCAAGAAAUUAGCAGAAAGCCUUUUUUACAGGCUUAAGAACCCUCACGGAAACUACCCCGAUAAUUUCUCUGAAGAAGAGCUUCAAAUGAUUGGUUUAGGUUAUGAUAGAAUGGUUAGGUUCAUGGAAAAAGACGACCCAAAUCUCAAAAACCCGUUUGAUUGGUAUAAAUAUGGUCAAUUUGGCCCAUAUUCUUGGCGUGGAGUUGUUUUAGGUGAGCCUAUUCGUGGCCGAUUCUCGGACGAAUGUGUAUCGAUGAUUGGUGAAGUUAAGGACCAAGAAGAGUGGGAAAAGAUAGAGCAACAUGAAAUGGCUCAGGAAUUUCAGAAUAGAUUGGAUGCAAUGGAUAAAAAUGUGGGCUUUAGGUACUUUUGGGUGUUUGUUAGGCAUCCUAAGUGGAGGAUAUCGGAUUUGCCUUGGCAACAAUGGACUUUGGUGUCUGAAGUUGCACUUGAAGCUGGGAAUCAGAGGUUGGAUAAAUGGAAUUUGAUGGGGCGGCUCGGGAAUAAGGCGAGGUCAUUGAUCACACAAUGUGCAGCAUGGAUGAGGCCUGAUAUUGUAUAUGUACAGAGACCUGUGUAUCAGUGUAGAUUUGAACCUCAAGAUGACUUCUUUAAGGCGUUGGCACCGUUGCUUGAUCCAGAAAGUGAGCAGGAUUUUUUGUUUGAAUUGGAGGAUGAUAAUGGGAGGGUUGAAUUGUGUACUUAUUUUGGUGGGUUGUGUAAGAUUGUGAGAGUGAAUCCUAAGGCAUUUGUGGAUGAUGUGGUUAAAGCUUAUGAGAAGUUGAAUGAUGAAAAGAAGUCCAAGUGCUUAGGGUUCUUGUUGAACAAUCAUCCUGUGAUGUUGUUGCAUCCUUAUACGAAAGAGUGGAAGGCGAAGUUGGAGGAAAUGGAGAUGGGAUGUGAUGCACCGGAUGAUGAUGAUGAUUAUGGUAGUAAUAACAAGGGGGAGACCGAGAUAGUGGACUGGAUUGAGGACGAUGAAGAUGGUGAAGAUGGCGAUGAAGAUGAGGGUCAGUACGAUGUGGAUUUGGAUCCAAGAGGAAGUGAAGAUGAUGAUCUGGGUAUCAAGGAGGAUGAGGAUUCAAGUCAGGAAGAGGAUGCUACAUUCUGGGAUGAGGAAUUUAAGAAGGCAUUGGGUAGCAACGAGGCAAUGGAGAAGUUUGCCAAGAAAUAUAUGGAGACAUCUACGAAAUUUUAUGAAAAGAAUAUAAGGGCAAUGGAAGAGAAGGAAGAAGAAGCAAAGAGAAAUGAUGGAGAUGAAUUAGCUAUGAGAGGUGUUAGAGCCAAAGUUAGCCCACAGGAAUGGGAGAAUCUUGGAUUUGGUCCUUAUAGAAGGAAACUUAAGAAAGGUAAAACUCCUCCUGAAUUGUUCUUGCGAGCUGCAGUUAGACCAUUCACUUAUAAGAAUCUGGUAAAGGAAAUUGUUUUGACCAGACAUGCAAUAAUAGAAGGCGAGAUUGGUCAAAAGAAAUGAGGUAGUUACCAGCUUUUGCAAUUGGUUAGAGGACAGACAGAAGUACUCCUUGUAUUUCAUUGGAUACAUACGCAGAAAAGAAUGUAUUGUUACUCGGGGAGCUAGGUUAUUUCUUGUAUAAUUUCAUUUGAGGCAGAAAGCUGACUCUUCAAUCUCACAAAGACUAUUCUUGCUGUGA